GUGUCGAUCUCAGAGAGCAUCGAUCAGAGUCCCAAACAGACGACACAGCAACAUUUUGUUAACGGAGUAACUCUUUUUACUCUUUUAUAAGUUAUUUAUCAUACCAAUGCGAUAUCGUUCUCAUUGUUUACGUGCUUUUGUACAGUGUAUUCAACCAGCGCGUGCGUCUGAAGCGUGUUGUUUAUGUAGUUUAACUUGCUAAGUGUGAACCAAGGGCGAGUCAGGUGAAUAGACGUAACUAGAUGGCAAGGGCCUUUACGUUUGGUAAGAUGGAGUAAAAACUACAGUUACGUAUGUAGCAGUACACAACCAUUGCCCUGAUCCCGGUGUAAGGGCCACGAUGGAGGAUAGGCUGGGGGAUCUGCUGCACUGUGAGGAGCAGCUGAGGAGCACUCUGCACAACAACGACAAGGAGAAGCUUCGUCGAAAGUUGGCACUCUUACAAAAGGAAUACCUCCGAACAGUCCAGAGACUCAAGCGGGCUGAGCGAGUGGCAUCAGUGCGCAAGCAUGUGAGGAACCAGAUCACUCGACACAACCACCAUGAGCAAACCGAAUCAGCCGCUAAACCAACGCCCUCAUCUGCAAUGGAGCAGGAGGAAACUAAGGAGUCUUACCCAGGCAGAGGUCACACACAGAGGGCUUCUCCUGGUCUGGCCGGUGCUGUUGAAAAGAGCCCUGAAAAAUGUAAACAGACCGUCUGCUCCGACAUCCCAACCUCUGACUCCAGCCAGGACUCGACUCUGGUCCCCAAAAGCAGUCCUGCCCUCCGCCUCCGCUCCCGGCGCAGCCGCCUCCGCUGGGAAAAGAGGAGUGCUCAGUCAGACCCACCCACUGCCAACAGCCAUGACCAACCAAAGAAGACCCAGGAAGGAGAGGAGGAACGAUUAAAUGAUCCACCUGUUCUACACGAAAGCCUGUUUUCCCCAUAUGAAUCUCCAUCUCUGCUGCUACCACACUGGAACUUGCAAGGUCAUGUACAAAAAGAAGAGACUGCAAAUCAACAGCUUGUAAUCAGAAAGGGAAAAGAUAUGGUUUCAAAUAGUGAAGAAAAAAUACAGAUCUCUGAGAUGUCUCCAGUAACAAACAGUAUUCAUUCACAUCUAACUUUGAAUUGUCAUACAGAAGAUGCUAAGGUAGCAAAAGAAGAGACAACAAAGCAACAGCAACAGGGAGUUAAUAUGGUCUCACUUAGUCAAGAAAACUUGUCAACUUCAUUGUUGUUUGAAGGUAAACAAGUUUCUCCACCAAAAGACAACAAUAAAAAUGUAUUAAAAGUACUACAUGUUUAUGAGAAUGGAAAACAUCAGGCAGAGGAUACCAAGGUUGAAAAGGAAAAGACUGCAAAUCAACAGCGAACUCCAGAAAAGGGAGUUGAUGUGGUCUCAACUUGCCAAGAAAACUUGUCAGACUCUGCUUGUUUGCAGUUUGAAGCUAAAGACAUUUCACCACAUAAGGACAACAAUAAAAAUCAGUUCAAAGAAGGAGAUGCUUAUGAGAAUGGAACCAGUCAGGCAGAAGAUGCCCAAGUUGAAAAAGAAGAGAACGCAAAUCAUCAGCUAACUCCAGAAAAGGUAGUUCAUAUGGUCUCAAACAAUGAAGAAAAAUCUUCAAACUUUGUGUCUUUGCUUUUUGAAGCCAAAGUAGUGUCAAAGUUAGAAGAUGUCUAUGUGAAUGGAAAACAUCGAGCAGAAGAUGCAACGGUUAAAAAAGAAGAGACAGCAAACCAACAGCUAGCUCUAGAAAAGGUUUCAAAUUGUGAGGUAAAAAUGUCUAAUUUUGCCUCUUUGCAAAUGGAAACUAAAGUAUCUCCAUUUAAGGACAAUCAUAAAAUGUAUUCAGAGUUGGAAGAUGUUUAUGAGAAUGGAAAACAUCAAACUGAAGACACAAAUAGAGACAGCAAAACAAAUGCAAACAGCACCAAAGUCAGAGUGGAGAAGACUGAACCAGAAGAUAGUGGCCAAAGACUCCUAGAUUCUUGCACUCUCAUUGAUGGACUACUUUUCCCAGCAGAGUACUACGUCAGAACCACUCGGCGCAUGUCUGUGUCGCAGAGCCAACCCGAUAUGAACGCUGUAAUUUUGUCCCAUCUCCAUAAGGGGAGGCAGAGGAGGUGUAGGGGCAGGGGGAGGAGUAGAAUGCUGAAUCGGACAGUUUCAGAAGAUGGGUCCGUUCUCGAAGCCUCUAAAGAUGUUUCUGGAAGUAAAAGUCCAAGUUCUUGUGAGUUUGUCUCCCUGAGUUUAGAUCGAGGUUCAGUGUCAGCCAUUGCAACUCCGAGCAGAGCGAGGCGAGGGAGACGAGGAAGAGGAGGUAGGGGGAGAGGCCGAGGAAGACUUAAAGAGGACAUGAAAGAAAACGCAAAUAAAACACAAACAAAUGAUAUUUCUGUAGCUUUGUCCCCUUCCUGUAGCUUAGUCCCCCCCUUUGUCCUCAAGUCUGAAGAUCCAGAGUCAGAGGAGGUCCAUCCUAAAGAUGCAUGUGGUGCAGAUACUGGGGUUGAAGUAAAAAAUGAAGGACAGACUUUGAAUGUACCGGCAAGUGACCUCAUCUUUCGCCAACCCAACCAAAGCAAUACGAAUGAUGGUAAAGAUGGUCCAGAAGACUGGCCCUCUCUCCUCUUGCCCUCUUCUUCCCAGAACGACCUCCUUCCUCUCUCCCCUCUGCCCUCUCUUCCUCUCCUCAAAACUCUGCUCCGCUCUGACAUGCUGGACUUCCACCUGCCUGAUGACCAGUUCGGCUCGCUGAAGCUACUCAAACUUCGACAAAUUGCUUCUGGAGUGGAACAGCUUAUAUCCACAUCCAACAAGACGACAACAUUUACCAACCACUACGCACACUCACCACCGCUUAGUCCUGUGUCUCCCUCCCCUACACCUGAAACAGAAUACGUCUCUGUAUCACCAAUAGGUAAAGCAAACCAAGUGUUAGUGGAGAACUUCAUAGAUUCAAAUGAAAGGGAAAACAUACAGGGUAAUAAAUUUGAAAUUCUAAACCAAGAAAAGCAGGUUGGAUGCUCUAGUCCAGAGAUUUACAAUUCAGAACCUUCAGAACCAGAAUAUACAAAUGUGGCAAACUCAUUUCAUUUAAAUCAUCCAAAUUCAGAAGAGCAAAACAGUCAAAAUUACAGUGAAGAUCAGAUGUCCAAAUUAAAUGGUACACCACUGGAGAAGAAAGGCAUGGUAAAGGAUAGAGAAACUUUGCCAGAAAAUAAAGCAAACAGUGAUAAUAAUGCAACAAUGCUCAAAUCUUCAGGUAAUGCAGAUUCUGAAUGUUUGAAUGUAGAAAUUAGCAUCUUGGAAAAUGACAGUCACGUUCUUGAAAUAGCAGCUCGGAGUGAUAGGAAUAUUCCACCAAAAAACAAUUCUGCAUUUCAAAAUUCACCUCAAAAUUUCACAGAAAAUAUUCUAACGAAAACUGAGAAAUUAGAAAAAACUAAAUUGACAGACAACCGCACCCCCUCACAGCUGCUCCUGAGCCCUUCCCUCUGCUCCUCAUCCUGCUCUUUCACCCUGCCCCCGGUUGGUUUUACACCCCGACUGGAAAAGCCCGAAAUGGGUGCAGUGUGUCCACUCUCUCCCCCUCUUCUCACCCCUCCUCCAGCUCACAGCCUUAGCUCUGAAGCCCUCUCUCCCCCCACUCUCUCACCCUGCCCUUCCCUCAGACCUCUGCCACCCAGCCUGCCCCCAACACCCCCCACACACCCGAGCCAUGGCCAGUGGGAGGUCCUGGAACAACAGGAGCUCAGACCAGCCCAGAAUCAGCUGGAGGCAAGGGCCCAAAGACAAGGAGAGGAAGCUACAGACAACACAUACACUUUAAAGGCGGGAUCCAGAGGCAGCCUGGUGGACAUGUGCUGUGUCCCCUCCUCCUCUGGCUCUGUGAGUGUGGCUGCAGCAGGGAAGUGGAGCGUGAGUGUCUGGAGCCACGUACAGACCAGUGACUGGAGGCUGACCCACACAUGGAACUUUCAGGAGCCUGUGCUUCAUGUGUUUCCAAUCCCAGACACUACAGACCACUUCUGUUUAACACUGGGUCAACUGGAAAUCAGACAAGUCAGAGUGCUGUCCUGCUCCACUCUGACCCAAAGCCUGCUGGAUACCCGGACCACUCACAUGGCCAUCGCUGCUCCUAAGUCCAGAGUGGUGUGCUGCUGUCAUACCUCUGCCUGCUCCAGUCUGCAGGUCUACACUCUGUCUGAGAGCAGCCCUCCACAGGCCCAGGCCCUGGUGCCUCCUGGGGCUCUCCUCAGCUCUGUGGCUCCUGUGGAGGGACUCCCAGAUGCUCUGAUUGGGAUGGAUCAGUCUGGCUCCCUCUUCAUCUGGAACAUGGGGACUGGACGUCUGCUAAAGAAGUUCACACUGGGACAUAGGCUCUCACAUUCAGCCUGCCUCAGAGGAUACUCCUCUAAUGGGCUGCUCUUUGUUCUGCUGCAACACCACUUCCCAGGAUUCUUGAAGGAGCUGAAUGGAGAUCAGGAGGCUGAGGUGGAAGAAGAGGAGUUUGUGUUUUCUCUGAUGGCUGCUAACCCAAAAAAUGGAAAGUCAGUCUUGGCCACUGGCUUGUGUUUACCUAAACAAUGGAGUGGCAGAUUGAUUGCGACAGAUGUGUUGGGCUCCCAUGUCCUGGGGCUCAGUCAGAAAGGCAGUGUGUGUGUCUGGGAUCUGGAGGACCCAAGGGACCCCCAGCCAGUGUGUGCCACUCCAGAGAGGCAGGGCUGGCAGCUGGCUCGGUGGGGGUCCCCGGGCAUCCUGAUGACUGCUGUGCACACCGGAGAAGUGACGCUGCACCACUACAGCCAAGGGACUACCACUGUUAUCACAACACUGAGACAUCCGGAGUAAAAAUGUGUGCAGGAAUUCAAAACAAUUUAAAGGCACACUAUGGCACUUUUCACAUGAGGGGUGAUCUGGUCUUCAUGGAGGUUUUGUUACUUUGGCUCAAAUGUUCCACAGCUUGACAUUUAAGAGGUGGUAUUAUGGAAAACCGAAUUUUUUGGACACUUCUUUCUGUUUGAAGGUGGAGUGGGGGGACUUAGAAAACAAAAAUGAAAGUUAAACGUAUAAAACAUGUUAAUAUGUGGUUUACGGCAAAUAUAGCAUUUUCAAAACAAUUAAAAGGUAACAUGGGUAUCUACGUAUGUGAUAACAAUGAAUACCCCUUACAAGUGUAAUACCCCAUUUUUAAAUCCAACUAGCUCUGUAUGUUACAUGAUAGAUCUGAGGAAAGAGGACCCCACUCACACUAAUAAUGCACCUUUGUAAAGUACUUUUUGAGCAAUAACCACACCCAUGAAUGAAACUGCAAGAUAGUUAAGGUUAAUGCUAUACUGUGGAACAUUCCAGACCAAGUAAUAACAUCUCCAUGGAGACAAGCAGGUGCCAUACCCCUCCCACCAAACAUAAACAUAUCCAUCUGGCAUUUAUUCAAUUCCUAAUGUUUUUAUUGCUUAAAAUUUAUUUUGGAAAACAUGUAUUCCCAUGAAUAUAGAUACAGUUAUAUGCCAUACUCAUGAACAUUCCAGGCCAAGUAAUAACACGCAGACAAGCAGGUGGCCGACCUCACCAUCAGAAAAGUGAUAGUGCCCCUUUAAGUACCUUACUUUUGAAGAUGUGUUUAAUAAACUAGUGCUGCUGACUUUUCAACACUG